UAUACCGAUAACAUUAACAUGCUACUUUUAUAAUAUAUUAUCUAUUGUACUUAUCUUCCACAAGCUCUGCUGCUAACUUGCAUGCAGAUGACACAAGUUGGCCUAGCAUUAUGUCUGCCAUUAUGUCAAUCAGCCUCGCAAGACACCAUGUGAAUAAUGAAACAGCCUUAAAUGCAUUAAUAUAAAUUGACUAAGUUACAAGCAAGCCUCUUUUAAUUCCCUAGGUGUGAUGAGAAAGUUUGCAGUGGUCCAGUGGGACAGUGGGAGGAUGCUGGGAUGUAUAGCGAGGUGAAAACCGAUGCCAUACGUAGAUAUGAUGACACCAAGGUGGAUGACGAUGGAUACCCACAAACUGACUAUUCAGCUGCUGUGGAGUGGCAGAAAGGGAAAAAGCCAAAACAUGGCUGGCCAGUGCAUGGCCUCUAUUAAGUUUGUGAGCAACAAUCGAUAUCAUACUAAUGCUAAAAUUAAGGAAUUUCUGGGGUUGGAGUCUGAUGAAAGGAACAAGCCACUGCCUAAGAAAAGGACCUCAGUCCCGCCAUCAAGAUAUACAGAUUCAGAUGAAACUGAUGUGGAGAAUACACCGACCCAAAGGAAAAGGACAGUGAUUCCCAAACCACAGAGAAAUGUUGCCCAAAUGAUUGUUGAUGAGUAUCAAGUCACAACCUUGACAGAGACUCAGAAGAAGCUGAAAGACAUGGAGGAGGAAAACGAAAAAUUGAGAAAUGACAACGAAAAAUUAAGAACAAUGCUUAUUAGAGGCAUGUAUUGCAGUUAUUUUACUAUUGUGUUGAAUCAUGCAAUCAGCUAUCACACUGUUUUGUGGUUUACAUUUUUCACAGUCUUUGCGCUUCAGACUUUUAAAUUAUUGUUGAACUGUUGUUUUGUUUCAAUAAUAUUAUUUAACUUAUGUAAAGUUGAGAAUAACAAUUUAAUAAUUGGUAAUGAUAAUAAUUAUUGGUAACUGCAUUUUUAUCAAGUAUAUGACAAGAAACCUGAAACUUAUCCAACCUCUAUAACAUUUGGUAUUACAUGGCUUUGUAAAACGCACCAUUGACAUUGAAUUCAUCAGCUUGCAUUGCCAUAUGUACACACAGGAGAUAGUUGAGUAGGUAAAUUGGUAUAAGAGUAUAUAGAAUAUGAUAUUUUUUUCUGUUUUAUUUUUGUUGCUAGAGCUACCAAAUCUGAUUAAUGAC